ACUAUUUUUGCAACUUACUUGUUUUCCAAUAGAAAUAAGACUUUUGUACCCACACGUCGCUCAUUGUAACAUCUAAAAACCGGUGAACCACCGUUACCAUGGCGUCCACUUCCGCCACAGAGCCACCGUCAGCGGCGGAGCAAACUCCAAACUGGCUGCAAAUGCCACACGAACUGAUGUCAAUGAUACUUCAACGAUUAGACGCUGUAGAAGUCCUCAACAGCGCACAAAAAGUAUGCACAACUUGGCGCAAAAUCUGCAAGGAUCCGGCGAUGUGGAAGGUCAUCAACAUGCUCGAAUCGGAUCCGGAUUCGGAUUUCGAUCUCGAGAAACUUACUAAGCACGCAAUCGAUCGGAGUUGUGGUGAAUUGAUUGAUGUUAAUCUCGAGUGGUUUUGCACCGAUGAUUUGCUUGAUCACAUUUCGAAAUUCUCAAAUAAGCUGAAAUGUCUCUGCUUGUCAAACUGCUACAAUGUUACAAGCAGCGGGUUGAGUAACGCGGUUAAGAAGCUACCACAACUGGAACAACUUCACCUUUACUACACCUCUAUCAAUGUAGAAGACAUUGAAGUGAUUGGACAAAAUUGCCCUCAUCUGAAAUCCUUCAAGUUAAACAAAGAGUUCAGCCGACCCCAUAUCGAAUUUGACGGUGAUGCUUUUGCAAUUGCGAAUAACAUGCCUGAGUUACGCCAUUUGCAGUUAUUUGGAAACAAAAUGACCAACGAAGGUCUCCAAGCCAUUUUACAUGGCUGCCCUCACCUCGAAUUCCUUGAUGUUCGCAGGUGUUUUAACCUUAACCUUGGUGCUGGAAAUUUAGGAAAAUUAUGCGUAGAACGGAUUAAAGAAUUUAAGCAUCCUAAUGACUCAACAAAGAACUGUGGAUUUAUUGUUCGAGCUCAUGCUUAUGACGACAUUGAUGAUAUGUAUUCAUCCGGGUAUUCUGAUGCGGAUGACUUUUCAGAAGACGAAUUCUAUGAAGAAGACUAUGAAUUCUCUGGUGGCAGUGUCAUCUCUGAAGAGGAUGAUUAUGAUUAUUACGAUUGAGAGAUUAAUCUUACAUAAACAUGACAGCUGUUGUUGAACUGCCAUGAAGUAUUUUAUGUUAUUAACGUUUGUGCCUUCUGUUGGUUUACAUGAGUUAGUUGGUGUGGAGCUUUGGUGGGUGAUAUUGGCUAGAGUGGUUUGUUAUUCGCCUAUUCGGCUUAUUUGGAUUCAGAAUUAGGUGACCCUGAUAAGCUAGUUGUUGAAUACUCGAUCCGAAUAACACAUUUGGAUCAUGUCGCGUAUUCAUAUUCAUCGUGAUACCAUGUUGGUUGUUUUAUAAAUAUGUAGGGGGGGUAUUUACUAUUUGUGUAAUCCGAACAUAGAGGGUACGUUUUUAUUCAGUUUAUUUUAUGAUCAUCGCAGAUGUGUUUA